CGGUGACAAACAUGAACGAAUAAAACAUGGCUGCCCCCUAUCAAAGAGCAUAUGCUGUAGCCUGUACCAUGAUCUCCUCUGCUACCUCAUUCAUCUCUGAGGGCCACAGUUGCACCUCAGAAGCCAGCGCUGGAGCUACACAGAGUGUCUGCCACAAUACAUUCUGACAAUAACUUGGCCUCAUAUUGUCGGAUUAGUUAUCCCUUCAUAAGGCUGAGGAACUAAACAUGGCCACUGAAUUUUAAGGAAAGUCAGUGAAGGCAAAGUCCUUCUUAACCCCCUUUAAAGACUGAAUGUGACCUUAAUGUGACUUUAAAUACCAGGACUGCUGCGGCAUUUGGAACACCCCACUCCUUCCGAAGUGCGGUGGCAAAAUGGAGAGAAGACGGAGCUCUGGUGGAGUUCUUUGCAAAAGUUGUGGACAACAAUUCACACUUCCAGAAGAUGGUGUUGAAGGCAAUCUUCCUCGAACUCUUGUGUGCAGUCACACUUUCUGCACUAGAUGCCUUCUGUCCAUCCAAUGCACUGGUGUCAUUCUGUGUCCAGAGUGCGAGGUUGGUUCGGUCCUCCCUGAAGGUGGAGUGCUUGGCUUACAGGAAGACACUGGAAUCAUCGGCCUCAUAUACAUCUCUAAAAUAGACAAGAAAAGCAGGAUUGAGAAGCAAGUCAUUCAAGAGCUGUCUGAUGCGAAUAACAAUACUGAGAAUACAGAAUGGGAGCCUGUCAAAGAUAAGACGGCCGUGGGGUUGGUGGAUGAAGCAUUGGCUAAAGCUGUGGAAACCCAUGCACAGCUGAUGAAAAUACAGGAGAAACUAAGGAUGGGUCUGGACAAGCAACUGAGAAGGGAGACUGUUCGCCUCACCACAGACAUCCGUCUGAUCGCUGCAAAAGCUAUUAAAGCCAUUCGAAAAUGGGAGGAUGAGCAGUUCAAUCAACUUGCAAAUCUAGAAUCAUAUUUUGCGGUCAGUCAAAGCCAAGCGGAGCUUGUUCAUCACAAAAUAAUGUCCCUUGAGUCUGCAAUGCAGAAAGCCAUGGAAUUGCGGCGUCACCCAGCUAUGAUGGAAAAACACGACAGUUUUGAGAAGAUGUUAAAGCCUUUGCUGGAUUGGGACCCUCAGUGUUUUGAUUUAAACUGCCUCAAUUUAGACUCAGGAUUAAGGUUUGUUUUCAGGUCAGAAGGACAGGAUGCCUGUCUCCUUUUAACCCUCAGGUUGGAAGCAAGCAACCCAAAAAUUUUGCCAGAGUCACCUUGCCAACAGUAUGGGGUCGCUGAGAAAAAGUAUAUGUCCCACUGUGCCAGUGUCAGAGAUGAUGGCAAUGAGAGGAACAAACAGAUCGCUUCAUCGAAGAAGAGGCCCCUAAGCCUAGAAUCUUCCAGUUCUCCCCAGCCAGAGUCACCUCAAGGAUCCGAAAGGUCAAGUGUUUCUCUUAGUGGCUCGGCACUAAACCUGACAAAUCCUGAUGUCAUUAUUGAAGAGAUAACAGAACAACUGAAUAACCCAACUCCUAUUGUCACUGAACCGGAGCAGACCAUUCAAAAGAAUGCUCCUAUUCGAAAGACGUUCAAGCGGAAAGGCAAAAGGAGUUUGUUGAACAAAGAUAAUGUCCCACAGUGGGUGACGGUGAGUCACAUUGUGAGUCCUAGUCACUUUUACAUCAGUUAUGUGUCGGAAACAAAGGAACAUGUCAAGCUCUCCAGAAUAAUCAACAACAUAUGCAAAAAAACUGACAGUUGCUUUUCUUCAACUGACAGUGUCGAGAAAGAAAGCACAAUUUUUGCAAAGCGGAAUAAGGAACUGUGGUGUCGUGCUGUUGUGAUGGAAGUCUACCGCAGAGGUCAUUCAGGUGUUGUGGAUGCCUGUCCCGUCACGUUGUUAGCUGCUGUGCAAGUCUACUUCUUGGACUAUGGAUCCACAGUAUCUCUUCAACCAAAGAGUGACAAGUGGACACUGAAGGAAUUAAAUACCCAGAUGAAAAAGAUGGACGAUGAAGUGAAGUUGGAGCUAAGCAGAUUUGCGCCUCAAGCAGUUCGAUGUUGCCUCAAGAACAUUGUUCCAAAUAAUCCGACAGAAGGCUGGUCUAACGACGCGCAGGAGAUGUUCGUCAACCUGGUUGGCUGUUCUGUGGUACAGAUGCGACCACUGGGCCAGGACAGAGAAUCUUUAUUGGUGGACCUGAGGAAAAAUCCAACGGACUUGGCAACUGCUGGGCCGGUGUCUGUCAGAGAAUACCUGGUUCUCUCUGAUCUGGCCUGGUUUUACUCACCGAUGGUCACUGGCCCAGAAGUUCUUCGGUUUUACCCACCUGUAAUUCCCAGUAUCAACCAGGAAUAUAAUGCUGUUGUGUCUCACAUCAACACUCCUGAUGACUUCCACAUACAGCUGGUUGACAACAUGGAGUACUACUUAAUGUCUGCCAAACUCCAGGACUGCUACAGUGUGACAUCAGGCGUGGAAGACGCAAGCCUCAUUAUCUUCUGUCCUGUCAUUGGGCAAGCCUGUGUGGCCCAAUAUGAGGACGACCUGUGGUACAGGGCUCAGGUCAUUGGUCAUUCAGAGGAUGAGAAAGUCGAUGUUAAGUAUGUGGACUUUGGAAAUACAAAAAGUGUCUUUGUUACUAGCCUGAGGAUGAUCAAAGAAGAGUUCUUUUCGCUCCCAUCCAUGGCAAUCCAUUGCUGCCUAUCAGAUAUUGUUCCUAUGGAUGGAAAGGCCUGGAGUGAGGCCUGCUCCAACAGAUUCAAAAGCUUCGCUCAGAAACUGGUGACUAUUGUGAUAACAGAAAAGGUUCCCAACAACCGACCUCACCCAGUGCAGUUGUUUGAGGGUGAUCAGAAGAGCCAACAGUCCAGCAUUGCUGACAUCCUGGUCAAUGAGGAUCUGGCCUGCUUCAGGGAGAACUUUCAUUGUCGAAGCGCCAUGGAUGCAUGUGAUCCGUUUACUGUGUGGGACACGCCAUUGGACUGCUCCACUCCUAAAACCUUUGAGGUCAAUGAUGAAGCCAAUGACAAGGAGCAGGACAAAAACAACUCUGUGUUUGAGCCUUGUCUCCAGUUCCCUCAAGAGCUCAGUGACAUUAAAGUUCGAGUCAGCCAUGUCGUCUCACCAAGCAGCUUCUAUGUUCAGUUUGCUGAGGUUGACCAUCAACUCAAAAGGUUGGGUGAGGUGUUGAAGCAGGAGUGUGAGCUCACUGAACUCACUGAUACUGAGUGGAAGGAGGACAUGUUUUGUGCUGCUUACAUUAACAAUAUUUGGCAUCGAGUACAGAUCCUCUCUGAUGUUCCGUCCACUGGAAUUGCGAGAGUGAUUCGCUGCGACCAUGGCAACAAGGCUGAAGUUCACAUCAGCAACCUGCGACCACUUCCAUCUUCCUUGCUUGGUUCAUAUGCUCUGGAGUGUGCUCUGACUGACAUCAGACCUACGGGAGGUGUAGCUUCUUGGACUGCCACAGCUUGUGAUUUCAUCUCCUACUUCUUGACUGGAGCCUCUGCUCGUAUAACAAUUGAGGAGGCAACUGAUAAACGUCCAGUACCCGUCACAUUGUCCUGCUUUAACAAGUCUGAACGGUUGGUCAAGAUUUCUGAUGUUCUGGCUAGUGAAGGCCUCGCACUGAGAGUUAAGAAACCACUAUCUGGCAAGUGCGCCAUUCAAAAGCCAAAUGAUGAGACCACCAGGGGAGGCUUGCGAGCAGAAGGAAGCGACUCUAACACAACUUGCGUCCCCGUACCUACUGUCCGUUCACAUGCCCCAAAACCAGCUCGCCGUCUCACAGUGUCUGCUGAGAAGGUGACAACAGGACUGUAUCUGCCCCCCAUGCUGCCCUCCAUUGGACACAUGGAGGCAGUGGUUUGUGCCGUCAGCGAGGAUGGGCUCAUUUACACCUGGAGCAAAAAUGCUGAGCUUGAUCUGGGGGAACUGAGAGACAGAAUUCAGCAGCUCAUCAAGUCUCCUCUCCAGGCAAACGUUUACACUUGGAAGUCAGUCCAAGGCUGUGCCGUCAUCGGCUCUGACAUGGUGUGGUACAGGGGUCAAGUGAUGGAGGUGGUGGGAGGACACUUGAAGGUUCGGUAUGUGGACUACGGCCUGGUGGAGGACAUCCCCAUGGUUCAUGCACACCCAGUGCUUCUGUGUGCCAAUGUCCCCCAGCUCUGUGUGCCGUGUCAACUGCAUGAUGUCAACCUGGUGGGGGGCCAGUGGCAGUGGGAAACCAUCCAGCUCAUGAGGGAGCUGCUUCAGAACCGGCCAGUGGACAUCAAUGUGUUGGGUUUACCGGCCGACCCGAGAGCUCCAGUGACAAUAGAGGUCUUCCUGGAUGGGCAGAGACUGAGCCGGAUUCUCAUGAACCACAGAGAGGCCUGCGUGACAGUCUCAGUCCAGACGGGGAUCUCAGGUUUGAGUGUCGCUCCUUCACUGAGAGACUGGUCCAUUGAUGUAGAGAAUCUGAAGGUGCGUGAUGAGAAGAUCUUCAGGCCCUUCAUCAGUCCAGCUUUGCCUCCUCUGAACAGCUGCUUCCAGGUUGCUGUCAAGCACCUGCUGACCCCCAAUGAGAUGUAUCUGUGGCCCAUGGAAGGAGGUGGGACCGAGUUGCGAGUGGACGGAGAAACACUGGAAGACGCUUUGAACAGAAUCAAUGAGAACAUUGACGCACUUCCACGAGCUACAUGCCUCCAUGAAGAGGCUCAGUGUCUGGCAGAAUACAGUGAUGGGAGGUACUACCGUGCCAGGCUGAUCCGAGUGGUCAGCGUGGAGCCGGUCAUGGUCAUGGUCCAGCAUGUGGACUUCGGCUCUGAUGACACGCUCCCCCUCAGCAAGCUCCGUCAGAUGCCGGCAGAGUUGUCUCAGUUCCCGUUGCAGGUGAUCAAAGUGCGUGUGGCCAGUCUGAAGCCCCCUAGUGUUCAGGAGGAGGAAGCGGUGCUGCCCUACAGUCCUCAGUGGAGCCUGAAGGCAGCAAAGGCCAUGACCGACCUGCUGCACGGCAGAAUCAGCGCCUCUGUUGUGAGCGUGGAACCAGAGCUGACCGUGGAGCUGUAUAACAACGAAGGACACCUGGUUCACCUCCCGCUGGUGAGCUGCGGUCUGGCUGACCUGGACUGAAGCAGAGGCGUCCUCCUUGUUCAUGUCAGCUGUUCAAGGCCCCCCACCGUGUUCUGCACUUUUGUGUUGUCUUAAUGGUUUUUCAAGUUUCUAAAAAGCUCGCUUUUAUGUUCCUUUACUGAAAAAGAGGUUUCAUUUGUUUUGACAAAUGUCUGGGUGAAGGUUCCAGAAUAAA